CUGGUGGGGGCGGCAGCUCCGCGGGUGCGCCUUUCUCCUUGCACGUCAACGUUGCCCUCAAGGCUCUCCUGCCGGAGCUAACGCCGGCGGCGACAGUACAGCUCAUACGCAUGGCUGAGAGGUUCUCGACGUAUGAGAAGUACUGCAAAUACUGGAUGAAGCGUCCUUCUGUCAGUGUCACGGAGUCCCCAGCGGCUUGGUGGCAGCAUGCGGGUCGUGCCAUCAUAAACGACUGCCGGGAGCAUUACCCCUCACGCAAGCUUAGCGACUUCAUGGCUCGCCGCGCUGAUUACAUUCGUACAUACAAAGCACUACGGAGCAUGCAGCAGGGCUUUUUGCACCGCACACUUAUGCCUUACUACAAGUCCGGACGGCUACCGCGUCAGCAACCAGUGCCGGUGUCUGGAGCGCGUGCCCAAGAGCCAGGUACGGAAUCUCCAGCAGCGGCUGCAGCAGCUAUGGCUUCGCCUGCGGGCGCCGAAGCUGCUGAACCCGGGGCUUCGGGAACGUCUCGCGCCGGUUGGCGGUGGUUCCGCAGUGGUGAUGCGUACAGCGAGGCGAC